AUGGGGAAUCCAAACCUGAAUUCAGGUGUGGAAGGUUUUGGAAUCUGUGGCCGGAGUUCUGUACGGCAAUUAACAGAAAACUCCUACAGAUUGCAAGAACUGAAGAGUGAUUCCUCAGAUUCUGUGACAGCUCUCGGACCUGCAUGUUCAACAACUUCCAAUAUGAAAAAUCGACUUGAUCGAUAUAUAAAGAAAAACAACAACAACAACAACAAAAAACCACACCGGCAUCAGAAUCUUACGCAAAACGCCCUGAACUCGGACCACGUGUCUUCCAACGCGAGUGGUCAGGAGGAGGAGGAGGAGGAGGAGGAGGAGGAGGAGGAGCAGGAGCAGGAGGAAGAGGAGCAGGAGCAGGAGGAAGAGAAUGAGGAGCAGGAGGAAGAGAAUGAGGAGCAAGAAGAGGAGCAAGAGGAGGAGGAAGAGGAGGAGCAAGAGGAGGAGGAAGAGGAGGAGCAGGAGGAGCAGGAGCAGGAGGAGGAGGAGGAAGAGGAGCAGGAGCAGGAGCAGGAGGAGGAGAAAAUGAUCAUGAAGGCCCUUCAGAAUUUAAGAAAUAGGGAAAGUUUGAAAUGA